AUGUCGGGACUCUUUGGAUCCGCGACAUCGGCAGCGUCGGCCACGUCGAAUGCGCUCGGCGACCUCAAGUCAGACGUGGCGCUGAGCGAUCCUCCCACCGACACCAUCACGGCACUGUCCUUUUCGCCUGGCCAGAGCCAGCAGGACUUCCUUGCCAUCUCCAGCUGGGAUAACAAAGUCCGCAUCUACGAGAUCAACCAGAACGGCCAGAGCCAGGGCCGCCACGCGUUUGAGCACAGCCAGCCCGUCUUUGACUGCGACUUUUCCAAGGAUGGAACCAAAAUCGCCUCCGCAUCGGCCGACAAGAACGUCAAGGUCUGCGACCUCGCCUCGCAGCAGGACAUUGUCAUUGGCACCCACGACCAGCCCGUGCGCUCGUGCCGCUUCUUCGACAGCAGCGGCACCCCCAUGGUGGUGACCGGCUCGUGGGACAAGACCGUCAAGUACUGGGAUCUGCGUCAGCAGGGCGCUGCGGCUACCCUGCAGUGCCAGGAGCGCGUGUACACGGCCGACGUGCGCGACAACCUGUGUGUCGUAGGCACCGCCGACCGUUACAUCAACAUUGUCAACCUCAAGGACCCGACCAAGAUCUACAAGACGCUCCAGAGCCCGCUCAAAUGGCAGACCAGAGUAGUUAGUUGUUUCACUGACGCUGCCGGCUUUGCGAUUGGCAGCAUUGAGGGGCGCUGCGCGAUUCAAUACGUCGAGGACAAGGAUUCUACAUCAAACUUUUCUUUCAAGUGCCACCGCGAUCCCGUCGUCAACAACAGCGUCAGCGUGCACGCCGUCAACGCCAUCUCCUUCCACCCCGUCCACGGCACCUUUAGCACCGCGGGCUCGGACGGCACCUUUCACUUCUGGGACAAGGACGCCAAGCACCGCCUCAAGGGCUACCCCAACGUCGGAGGCAGCAUCACCGCCACGACCUUUAACAAGAGCGGCACCAUCUUUGCCUACGCCGUCGGCUACGACUGGAGUAAGGGGUACCAGCAUAAUACGCAAAACUACCCCAUCAAGGUCAUGCUGCACCCCGUCAACAAUGACGAGUGCAGGCCUCGCCCGUCGACGAAGAAGCGGUAG